GGCUGCACCAGGUGCUGCUGCUGGGGCCGCGGCAGGCGCUGGUGCUGCCGGACCAACGGGGGGAGAGGACACGGUUCCAGGUGCUGCCCCUGGAGUCCUACGCGGAGCUGUUCGCCGCCGCCACCCGCCUGCCUCCCUCCGUACGGCACCUCACCCUGGUGGCCACCGUACCGCUGGUGUACCCGCACAUAGCGGGCUCGCACGUCCUCAUGUCCUGCUUCCGCCGGCUCGACCGCACCGCCUUCCUGCGCCCGCUGCUAGCCAAGACGGGCGCAAGUGCGGCAAUCCUGGACAAAUUCGGUGAGCCCGAGCUGCUUGACGACCUGCGCGACCACUGGGUUGCCCCCGGCCACCGGGGGGAGCGGCGCUUCCUGAUCGAGCACAUGCAGAUGCUGGCCAAGAGCAGGAGCUGCAGGGUCAGCAUCAUCAGCGGCGAUGUGCACCUGUGUGGUGCGGGCCGGCUGUACAGCUGGCCUCGGGCCCCGGGCCGUCCGCCGCUACAUGACUGGAGGUACAUGCAGCAGGUGAUCAGCAGCGCCAUCGUGAACGCGCCGCCGCCCACCCCGCUGGUGCGGCUGCUGCAGUGGAGCGGCCGAGCCGGCCUCACCAACCGCCGCACCCGCAACCACCUGGACCGCACCUUCGCCGACCGACCCGGCAGGCGCAAGCUGCUCAACCUGCGGAACUGGUGCGAGGUGGAGGAGCGGGCGCAGAGCGGUGAGCUGAGCUUCACCCUGCGUGUGGAGCAGCCACAC